AUGGCCGAAUUUAAAUCAGUUUUAAUCACAUUGAUCAUUCAUUUUGUGUUUCGUAAAACACUCUUCUUCGAAUAUCGUAACUGCUGUUCAAGUCUAAUGAAGUUUCCAAGUGUGAUGAUUUUGUCAUCGAUUGCCGCUUUACUCACCGAUGUCGAAUUAAUUCCGAAACGCUUUCAAAAAAAAGGUCCAGCGUUCGUUUCAAGUGCACUUGAAGUUCUUGGCUGCGUCUUCUACAUGGAGUUCUCUAUGCUCUUUAUUUGGUAUAGAUUGGAAUUGAUGGCAAUUCAUGUCUUAGAAGCAUGGCUUUCUGAAAUUUAUGGCAAUAAAGCGAUAAUGAUUACCAACUUUGCAAUCUUUCUCAUUGCAACAUCAUUUUUAACUUUCGCUGUGAUGGUCACGAAUGUUUGGGAACAAGCAAAGAAGAUGCUUGGAUCAAUUGUUGCAGCACUUUCAGUAUAUUUGAGGAAACUUUGUGGCAUUUGUGGCAGUCAAGGAGCAGACGCAAAUUCUUACAACAUUACACUUCAAAUGACUGCAUUGCCAAAACAACCAGGAGAUGCUCAAUGUGCAAUUAAAUUGAAUGGAUGCGGCGACACACCACAACUUGAAAGAAAAAAUGUUGCAACUGAUCAUCAACGCCAAUCACACUCAGUCGAACAAACUCGUCGUCAACAUUCGAAGAAACAACAAGGCAAGAAACGAACAUCAUCUCAAUCGCGAUCAUGUGAACCGAUGAAAUAA